AUGGCUCACGCCUUUUCACUCUUCCCGAACGCUGGGUCCGGUUAUGUCAACGGCAUCAAGGAUGAUGGCCAAGUUAAGUUUCCCGACACGGGGUAUUUCAAAGGCCCCCUGAAGCCUUCUCGGGUCGAGGGCGAUAUCUUCGAGCUCGAGACCAGCGGCGAAGUGCCCAAGGACAUCAAUGGCACUUUCUUCCGCGUCCAGCCAGACCCGCGCUUCCCGCCCAUGUUUGAAGAGGAUGUACACUUCAGCGGAGACGGCAGUGUGAGCGCCUUUCGUUUCCAGAACGGCCAUGUCGACUGGAAGCAGCGCUACGUCCAGACAGACCGGUUCCAUGCCGAGACCAAGAACCGCAAGGCCAUGUUUGGAAAGUACAGGAAUCCCUUUACCGACAAUGAGAUGGUCAAGGGCAUCAUCCGCACCGUUUCCAACACCAACGUCUUCUUCUGGCGCGGCGUGAUGCUCGCGUCAAAAGAGGACGGCCCGCCCUUUGCGAUGGACCCCGUCACUCUCGAGACGAUCGGCCGGUAUGACUUUGAUGGCCAGGUGAAGACGCCUACCUUUACCGCUCACCCAAAGUUCGACCCGGAGACUGGGGAGAUGGUGGCCUUUGCAUACGCUGCUGGUGGAGACGGGCACGAUGCCAACUGUGACAUCGUCGUCUGGACUUUUGAUCCGGAGACGGGCAAGAAGACGCAAGAGGCUUGGUACAAGUCGCCCUUCUGUGGCAUGAUUCACGAUGCGGCCUUGACCAAGAACUAUCUGAUCCUGCCCCUGACACCCAUCAAGGCCAGCCUUGACCGGCUCAAGAAGGGUGGCAAUCACUGGGCCUGGGACCCGAACGAGGACCAGUGGUACGGCAUUGUGCCUCGCAAAGGAGGAGACAUUCUUUGGCUCCGCUCAGACAAUGCCUUCCACGGCCACGUCGCUGGAGCCUACGAGGACGAGAACGGACAUAUCGUCUGCGACCUCACCGUCGCCGACGGCAACGUCUUCUUCUGGUGGCCCCCCGAGGACACCGACCCCAACGAGCGCCUGGUGCGCCCUCCCAAGCUCAUCGCCGACACUUUCCGCUGGGUCUUUGACCCGAAGCUGCCCAACGAGUCGCGCGUCAAGCCCUUCAAGCUCUACGGCACCAACGGCGAGUUCAGCCGCAUCGACGACCGCUUCGUCACCAAGAAGUACCGCCACUUCUGGCAGCUGCAGAUCGACCCGGCCCGCCCCUACGACUUUGCCAAGUGCGGCCCGCCCGCGGGAGGUCUGUUCAACGUCAUCGGGCACUUUGACUGGGAGACGGGCUCCAGGGACGAGUACUGGGCGGGGCCGACGUGCACGUUCCAGGAGCCCGUCUUCUGCCCGAGGGCCGGGUCCGACAAGGAGGGCGACGGCUACCUGAUGGCCCUGCUGAACCACCUCGACGUGCUGCGCAACGACAUUGUCAUCUUUGACGCGCUGAACCUGGCCAAGGGGCCCCUCGCCGUCGUGCACCUGCCGCUGCACCUGCGCAUCGGCCUGCACGGCAACUUUGUCGAGCAGAAGGACAUUGACGACUGGAACAGGAGGCGGGGCGACGGCGGCGAUCUGGGCCCGGUGCAGGUGGCCACGGAGCCCCUGUCGUGGCAGGUCAACUUACAGGCCGGCAGUAACGGCACGAACGGUGCCAAUGGCCAUUGA